CCAGUUUGGGAUAAAACGUGCAAAAUCUAAACACUUGAUUGAUUUCUCCAGCAUUCCAAUAAUUCUUGGACAGCCUUUUUUUUUGGCAAAAACCAGUAAUCACUAGUACAAAUCUCAUUCUACUGUAAUCACUACUAAUUCCAUCUUCAUACAUAGCUGUUUUCUUGAGUUACUUUUCUGAGUUUCAAUGGCGUUUUGGUUGUCAAAAUCAAGAAGCAUUAGCAGUCUUCUGGGGAAAAGAAUCGGUCUCUUGACAAUUCUUCAUGAAAGAAAUAAAGGGUCAUUCUUGCAUUCAAGAAGGGAUGGAGUUUUCAGGUACAAAAAUUCGCCUGAAUUCUCUACCAAGUCAGCCACCUUUUCCGCCACAGGCCAACGGUUCAAGUCCUCAAAAACUGGGGAACAAGUAGAAUUGCCAUCCUCCGAUGAAGAUGAUGAUGAAAAUCAAGCUGUAGAUUUUCCUGGAGGAAGGGUUGCAUUCACUUCCCGGAUGAAUUUCACCUCUGAGUCAUCUGGCAAGAGGAUACCAUGUUUUCGCGUCCUUGAUGACAAUGGCUACCCCAUUGCAGGCAGCAUAUUUGAGCAGGUGAACAAAGAAGUUGCAGUUAGAAUGUAUAGUGGAAUGGUUACCCUUCAAAUAAUGGACACAAUAUUAUACGAGACGCAGAGGCAGGGAAGAAUAUCCUUCUAUCUGACCUCGACUGGAGAAGAGGCCAUUAACUUAGCAUCAGCAGCUGCACUUAGCCCUGAUGAUGUUGUAUUACCCCAGUACCGGGAACCUGGAGUACUUUUAUGGCGUGGAUUCACCUUACAAGAAUUUGCCAACCAAUGUUUUGGGAAUAAGGCUGAUUAUGGAAAAGGCAGACAAAUGCCAAUACAUUACGGAUCUCAAAAACACAAUUAUUUCACUGUCUCAUCACCCAUUGCUACGCAGCUUCCUCAGGCAGCUGGUGUGGCUUAUUCUUUAAAAAUGGAUAAAAAGGAUGCUUGUGUUGUCACUUAUAUGGGGGAUGGUGGCACCAGUGAGGGGGAUUUCCAUGCUGCUUUGAACUUUGCAGCAGUUACGGAAGUUCCUGUGAUUUUUAUCUGCCGCAACAAUGGGUGGGCAAUUAGCACUCCUAUAACAGAACAGUUCCGAAGUGAUGGUGUAGUUGUCCGGGGUCAAGCUUAUGGCAUCAGAAGUAUUCGUGUAGAUGGAAAUGAUGCUCUAGCUGUCUAUAAUUCAGUACGUACAGCACGUCAAACGGCCAUUAAUGAACAGAGACCAAUUUUGAUCGAGGCUCUUACAUAUCGGGUUGGGCAUCACUCUACAUCCGAUGAUUCUACCAAAUAUCGAGCAGUGGAUGAAAUUGAACACUGGAAAACAGCUCAGAACCCUGUAUCCAGAUUUAGGAAAUGGGUACAGGGAAAUGGCUGGUGGACUGAUGAAGAUGAAUCUGAAUUUCGCAGCAACAUCAGGAAGCAGCUUAUGGAAGCAAUUCAACUGGCAGCUCGCAAGGAGAAGCCUCCAAUUGCAAACCUUUUUACGGAUGUGUAUGAGGAAAAUCCUCCUAAUCUUGUAGAGCAAGAGAGAUCACUUGGAGAAACUAUCAAGAAACACCCACAGGACUACCCUUCUGAUGUGCCCUUAUAGAAGACUAUUCUGCCUCUUUUUCUGCAAAUGUUAUUGUGGCUUUGGGAUGUCGGAAACGAACUCUGAAGCUGUAAUUUACAUGUCUGUAACCAUGUACAGUAAACUUAACUCUUGUACAUGAAAAUAGAAAAUAGUGCAUAUGGAGAAGCAAUUAUCCGAAUAGAUUAGCU